CCACGCGUCGUCUUCGUCGAUCUCGAACCCACCGUCAUCGACGAGGUCCGCGCUGGCACCUACCGCCAACUCUUUCACCCGGAGCAACUCAUCUCCGACAAGGAAGAUGCCGCCAAUAACUUCGCCCGAGGCCACUACAUAAUUGGCAAGGAGAUCGUAGAUUUGUGCCUCGAUCGCGCCCGCAAGCUCGCCGACAACUGCACCGGCCUCCAAGGCUUCCUCGUCUUCAACGUCGUGGGUGGCGGCACCGGCUCCGGCCUAGGCUCCCUCCUGCUCGAGCGUCUCUCCGUGGAUUACGGUAAAAAAUCCAAAAUGGGCUUCACCAUUUACCCUUCCCCUCAGGUCUCAACUGUCAUGGUGGAACCCUACAACAACGUCCUAAUUAACCUUGGUAAGACAUGGGAGAAGCUUCAACUUGCUGCUAGGGUUAUUGUUGCAAUUGAAAAUCCUCAAGAUAUCAUUGUUCAAUCGGCGAGGGCUUAUGGUCAGAGGGCGGUUCUGAAAUUUGCUCAGUACACCGGUGCUCAUGCCAUUGCUGGAAGGAUGUUCUGUGCUUUGUUAGUGGACUUGUUCUUCUAUAGAGAACCAGAGGAGGCGAAGCAACAAAAAGAGGAGGAAGCUGUAGCAGGUGAUUAUGCCAUCACGGACUUCAAUGCUGGUGUUAUUGCUGCUGAUGGGCAAUGGCCUGGUGUAAUUGAUCAAACAUGA